AUGGAGACUUUUGCGGACGCUUUCGCGAACGAUGACAUGGUUGCCGUGGAGCUGGAUGACGGGUCUGAGUAUUACGUGAAGUCCGGAAUGCUGGUCAGCGCGUCCGACUAUUUGGCCAAGAUUCUUAAGAAGAGACGCGACAAAGACAUGGAGGAUCGACAUCUUCGCCUUGAGGACUGCGACAAUGAUGUGUUUGUGGCCUUCCUUUACUGGAUCCAUCACAAAAGCCUCCCCGGGCUCUAUGGCCCACCCAGCCAUUAUUAUCUGGAGAAUACUUUGAAGGAAGAUGAGAAGUUACUGCACUCACAUAAGGGACAAGAAAUGCUUGUCCGGCUCUGGCGUUUUGCAGACACGUGCCGCAUGAAGGACUUCAAAGAUGCAAUCGUAAACAGUCUGCUCGACAUCCUCGCAAGAUGGGGCACCACUUAUGACAUGGUCGUAUACGCAUACGACCACGCUCCCGAGGGGUCAAUCAUCAGGAAGAUGUUUGCGACACAGGGACUCUAUGAUCGCUUCCGACAACCCAGCGAUAGACCGUUUUGGCGACACGAGGUAGAUGAGACUUUCCAGAGGCAUUCAGAGUUUGCUGCAGACCUUGUGGUGGCCAUUCGAGACUACAACGGCGAUUGGACCGAAUCGCAAUCCGCAUUCAUGGAUGAUUUCAGGCCUGGAGCGGGAAUACUCCGCGAGCGCGAGAAAAGUGCCGAGGAAGGGGAGUCCGUCGAGAAUGAGGACUCCAUGGACCAUGAUCAAGACUGA